ACCAAGACCAGGAAGCCAGCAGUGACAUCAUUUUCCAGAAUUCCCCUUCAGUGUCGCUUUAACGACGAAGAGCCAGAGCGACGAAGAAAGAAAAGCAGAAAAAUAACAUUGUGCCGCUGCCGGUGAAUCCCAAGUGUCUGAGCUGCUUUAAAAAACCAAGACAUUAAAGGAUGUCUCUGUAUCCAUCUCUCGAGGACCUAAAGGUCGACAAGGUCAUCAAGGCCCAGGCCCAGUUUGCCCAGACUACCACCCCCAUGCCUGCCAUCACUGAGGGAACCUACCAGCCUCAGCCUGCUACUGCUGGGGUGCCAGGAUCAAGCUUGUACCCAAAUCUGGAGGAGCUGGGAGACUACAUGGGCCUGGCCCUCAACAGUGAUGAAGUCCAGAGGAACCUGGCCCUUUUGCCUGUGGCUGACAAUCAAGUGGCAGUGCCCUCCAGCUCAGGUUUUGCUGGAAUGGUGCGGCCUGUGACAGGGGCAGAUGUUGGCAUCAGGCGCGCAGAGAUCCGCCCAGGGCUACGGGAGAUUAUACUGUGUAAGGACCAGGACGGGAAGGUGGGACUCCGGCUCAGGGCCAUCGACAAUGGAGUGUUUGUCCAGCUGGUGCAGGCUAACUCCCCUGCGGCCCUAGCUGGGCUGCGUUUUGGGGACCAGGUCCUUCAGAUCAAUGGUCAGAACUGUGCCGGCUGGAGCGUAGACAAGGCCCACAAGGCCCUGAAGGCUGCAGCCGAGACCCGCAUUGAGCUUGUGGUCAGGGACAGGCCAUUUCAGCGCACCGUCACCAUGCACAAAGACAGCUCAGGCCACGUGGGCUUUAUCUACAAGUCUGGUAAAAUCACCUCACUGGUCAAAGAUGGAUCUGCUGCCCGCAAUGGCCUGCUGACUGAGCAUUACAUCUGUGAAAUCAAUGGACAAAACAUUAUUGGACUCAAGGAUUCUCAGAUCAAGGAUAUUCUGACCACCUCUCCGACCACCAUGACCAUCACCAUCAUGCCCAAGUUCAUCUAUGAACACAUGAUUAAGAGGAUGUCCACUGGUCUCCUGCGGUCAGCCAUGGAUCACUCUGUCCCAGAGGUGUGAGGACCAGGAGGAGGACUGUAAACUGUCAGGAUGUCUUCAAUACAGAGAUAUUGCUCUUUCUCUCUCUUCCUUACUCAUAUCUUUCUCUCUCUCUUUCUCUCUCUUUCUGUCUUCAUACCAAACCACCUCCUGCAUCGCAAUCAUUGUCGCUGUUUCUCAUCCUUAACAUAAUCUUAAAAUGCCUUUUUUCUAUUCUUCAGUUGUUUAGUAUAUUCUUUACCUUUUCUACAUUUUCCUCAUCUCUGUUGACAUUUGUACUUUUUAUAUGUUAACCUUGUAGUCUGAGUAUUACAUGUUUAUUUUUUCUUGUUUUGUAUUUGAGAUCAAGGACAUUACAAAAUGUUUUUCAAAGCCAUGCACACUAUCAUGAGUCCAGAGCUUCCUCCUCAGCAUGGAGAUGAAUCAUUGGCACGUGACGUUUCACCUUGUCAAAAUGCUGUAAAAGCCAAUGGUCAGUCAUCAGAACCCUACAGUACCAGAUUAUGGCUGCGCACUCAGUCCCUGCACUUGGCCCCUAAUGUGUGUACAUAAAUAAUCUGAGCUGAACUAACACCCAGGGCCUCAUGUGAAAGUGUUUGUUGACUUUGUUCUAGAUUCCAGUGUACAGACAUUUUUACCUGGCCAGUAAAACUAAUAGGUUUUAGCAAAGGAGUUGUUUUUAGUUUACGCCACAUAUAGGUGAAAAGUCGUGUUGAUUUUGGCAUCAAGGUUCUGAUUUUUUUUUUUUGACACCCAACAAUUCUAGACCCAUGAUUUUAACAUGUAAAUGAGAGAUACAACAUAGCAGUUUCCACCUUCUCCAAGAGAUGGCGGUGUAUCAUUUCAUCACAUUUCCAGUCUCUGUGGGCAGAUGUCAUGGUGAGACUCUGAUGAGUGAGACUCUGUGUUAAAUCUGUAGGUACUGGGAACAUUGUGUGCACAUUCCAGGGGAAAGUGUAGGGAAGGGGGCAGCAGUAGAUGUUUGUUGCCAUAUGCAGCUGGGACUUGGCCCUGUCCACAAACACUAUGAGAACCAUGAGACAGUGAAAAGCACAGGUAGACGAGAUCCUAGUGCAGUAUGUGGAUGGGUCUUUGAUAUGGUCUAGUGUUUCAAAGUGUAAUUUUUAAGGGGAUUGUUGGUUUUUGUUUGGACAGGGCUGUGCUGGACAGACCCACUAAGUGCACUUUCCAUUACCUUUUAAGAGGUUGACUUUAUUGUAUCCAUUUCAACAGUCAAGUCCUGUAGUUGUGUUUGUGGUACCUCAUCUUAAUGAGAGCUCAUGAAAACAAACUUGGAUGUUAACUAUAGGAAACUGCUCAGAUUUGAUGCUGAAAAUCAUUUGCUCAAAUUAAAGGUGUUGAAAUUCAUCAUGGGUUUAACCAGUGAACCUGCUCUCCUCUGCUAAGAGUUAUUAGCAGACUUUGCUCUGCAAUAUUCCUUCCUUAACUGAUGAGCACAGUGCGACAGUGUGGAGCUCACAGUUGUGAAUUUCUACUUGUUAUAUAGAGUUGCUCCUUUUAAUGCUGUUCAUGUUUGGAUGCAUGUAUUCCUUUAAUUUUCUAGGUAUGCAAUCUGAUAAACAUCACUGUCAUUCUGUAAAAAUGUUAGAAAAAUCUAAAAGUUUAUAUACGAAUGUAACCAAGAUAAUAUUGUAAAACAAAUAAACAAUCUUUCUGUUCACAUUAA